AUGUCCAAGGUGCCGGUGGAGGAGAGCCACGCAGCAGGCCUGCGAGAGGAUUGCGAGGCUGGCUCCAGAAGGAGGAGCUGGGGGCUGUUGGUCACCGCUGGUGUUGGUGGGACCUUGGUGGCACUCUAUGCUGUGGUCACUCCCUUUGUGACCCCAGCUCUGAGGAAAGUAUGCCUGCCCUUUGUUCCUGCAACUUCCAAUCAGAUCCAGAAUGUGCUGAAAAUGUUAGAAAACAGAAGCGGCUCCCUGGUUGACAUUGGCAGCGGGGAUGGCCGUAUUGUGAUAGCAGCUGCAAAAAGGGGAUUCAAAGCUGUUGGUUAUGAAUUGAAUCCCUGGCUAGUCUGGUACUCCAGAUACCGUGCCUGGAGAGAUGGGGUACAUCAGAACACCAAGUUUUAUAUUUCAGACUUAUGGAAGGUUUCUUUUUCCCGUUAUACAAAUGUUGUUGUUUUUGGGGUACCUCAAAUGAUGCCACAGUUAGAGAAGAAACUGGAAGAAGAACUUGAAUGUAAUGCCAGAAUCAUUGCCUGUCGUUUUCCUUUCCCUUGCUGGAUCCCAGAUCAUACUACUGGAGAGGGAAUAGACACUGUGUGGGCCUAUGAUUUGAAACAUUCUAGAGGAUGUGAAACAAGGAGUUUGGAAAUUAUACCAGCAACAGAAUCCUAAACAUCUAAUGGUUUUGUACUGACAUUUUUGGCUUUGACU